AUGCUCAUACCCUCCUGGCUCUUUGCCUCCGCGAGUCGUUCGUCGAGCCAGGUCAGCGGCCGACGCUCUUGUAAAUCCGUUUCAGAGCUUGAUGAGAGUGCUGGUGCUGGGACAGGAUGUGGAGUUGCUGGUCUAGAAGAGCUUGGUAGUGGUGUUGGGAACGGCUGUGUGGCGGGCAACGAGGUCGGCCGAAAGUUCCUUGAAUAA